UGCGGCUGGGUUCGCGUUCGCGGCGGAGAUUGCGGAGGUCUGGCAGUGCCCAGAUAACGCAGUAAAAUAUCAGGAAGUUGCUGCUUCUCACACACACACGCACGCGUGUGUGUGUGUGUGCACUCCGCGAGCGGUUUAUUCAUGGACUUGGGGUAAUAUGGUGGCCGUGACUGGAUUUUGUAAUAGCAUGAAUGCAGAGUGGAACAAGUGUUUGUUGUUGUUUUUUCGUUCACGGUAAUAAAUAAUAAAGGCUCUCUCUGCCAGCGCUAGGCCAGUCCUUUAUUUCACUUCACUCUUGAGGUCGUUUGGGUCACCGUUUAAAGUUGUGCGCGAGGGAGAGGCACCGGCGAGCAAGUGGCGAGGCGUGGGGCAGAGACGGUGCUGACAGCUCGUUCAGCGGACCUCACCGUUCACUGUUGAAUUACACCAGCGCCACGGUCCCUCCACCGAGUUCCUUCGAUCCGUCUCUCUUCACCGAGGUCCACGACGUCACAUGGAGCACAUCGUGGUCUCGCUUCUGUUCGCCCUGACGGCGGGGGUCAUCGUCUUUGCUGCGGCAGCCGUGUAUUUGCUGCGGAGGAUCUACAGGGUCCGUGAUUUGGGAUACAGCGGUGUGCGCCAAAGCGGAAACAAGUGGAUGAUGUCCAAACGUGGGCGGAGCGUGCAUCAGAAGAUAUAUCCCAUAACCAGCCCAGUGAAAUUGGUGGAUUUUGAGAGGUACUACAAAAUAAUGUCCCGUGACUCCGGGUAUCUCUUCUCGCUUCAGUUCGAGGCUUUGAAUACAAUGGAUCACUACUUUCUACACUCGGAUGCAUGCCUUCCAGAGAACAAGCACAAGAAUCGCUACGGCAACAUCCUCCCCCGGAACUAUGGGCGAGUGAGGCUGAAGACCUUGGCUGGAGUCCCAGGGUCAGACUACAUCAACGCCGAGUUCAUACCGGGUGUCCACGGUCCCAAAAACUACAUCGCCACCCAGGGCCCCCUGGCCGAGACGCAGGGAGACUUCUGGCGAAUGCUGUGGGAGCAGCGCGUGCGCCUGGUCGUCAUGCUCACGCUGUGCGUGGAGCGCAUGCAGACCAAGUGCUCUCUGUACUGGCCGGAGAAGCUGGGCUCCGAGGAGCAUCACGGCGACGUGAGCGUGCGCGCGCUGGGACGGGCCAAGCGGGGCUGCUGGGAACUCCGCACCUUCCUACUCCGCUCGCUCGUGAACGAGCGGCCCGAGUCGCGUGUCCUGUGGCACUACCAGUUCACGGCAUGGCCAGACAAGGGAGUGCCGCUGGAGGAACACACCGGCGGUCUCGUCGACUUUGCUCAGGAAGUGCGGAAGAAGUCGUGCGCGUGGAAGGCGCCGAUCGUCGUGCACUGCAGCGCCGGGGUCGGCCGCACGGGCACCUUCAUCGCGCUGGACCGCGUCCUGCACGGCCUGCAGGCGACGUUCCCCGGUGCCGCGAGCGUUCCGGAGGGGUGCUCGCCCGGGGGCCCGGUGCGCGCCCAAGCCGCCGUCGACCUCCUCGCGCUGGUGGCCGAGCUGAGGCGGAGCCGCGUCAGCAUGGUGCAGACCGAGGAGCAAUUCGUCUUCCUGCACCGUUGCAUACUGUACAUUUGCAAGUAUCUGCUCAAUCGACAACAACGUGAAACCGACAGCUGUGACUCAGAUACUGCCACCCACGAGGCAAGAGCAGAAGACGUGGAGGGUUCCAUCCCUCUCAAGGAGCUUGUGACCGACUCGUAAUUAUUGUUCGUGCUGCACUUUCACACGAGUUUGGUUUCCAUAUGUGCUUAUUAUGAAUGUACCGUAUAUACAUUCGAUGGAUUACAAACUUUACUCGACUGUAAAUUGACUCCACUAAGAAGGCAAUAUUUUAGAUGUAAUAUAAUAAAAUAUUAUUUGGUGGCACUGCGUUGGCAGUGGUGCAAUAGCAUAAAUAACAAUAAUACUUAACACGUGUGUUAAUAACACUGACCUUAAAGGAAAAUAUAUAACAGGUAUUGCCUUGAGCAAUCGCACUUGCUAUUGAAGGGCCAUGUUCUGAAACGUUGCCUAUUAUCCAUUUUACUUUUAAAAACCAAAUUAUUAUUGGCAAGUGUUUAGUUUUUUUGUAUAAUAAAAUAGGUUGUCCAAAAUAAUUGCAAAGUUAAGUUCAGCUUUGAAUUUUUUUCAAUAAGUCAGUAUAAGCUAAUUUUAUUUUCUAAACAUUAACCCACACAAAUACUACGUUGAGUCUAUUUCUCAAGAGGCCUUCGGUGAAAAAAAGUGAACGUAAGCAAGUGAACACUGUAAUUGUGUGCAAAAUGUAUAAAAGUGUUAAAAUUACACAGUAAAGAUUAAUCGAUAGAGAAUACUAAAAUAUGGAAACUAUGUAAUGUGCAAAGAAAUACAACUGAAAAAAUGAAUUUAAUAAUUAAAAACAAUAUAAACUUAACGGUGUAAAAAAAAAAUCUGCCACUGCUGCUUUGUGUCCAACAAUCCGGCUACACAUUCAGGUGACACCUCCAUUUUUGCGAGGUCACGAGACGCACGCUUUAAUCGACUCGAUGGGCACGCAGGAUCCAGACCUGGGGCCGCAAUAGAGUAAGUAAGAUAGUGAGGGGUCCAAUU